AUGAAGGGCAUGGCAGCAGGUCCGCCUGUGCCCCGUAUUCUAGUGUCGAACAGAGGCGAAAUUGCCAUGCGCAUCAUACAAGCCUGCAACGAACUUGGGAUGGAGUCUGUCGCGCUCUACACAGAUGACGACCGAGCACACUGCCAGCACGCGACAGUGGCCAUCAGACUGCCCUCACCAGCUGCUUACAUGGAUAUUGCCCAUAUUGUUGGCAUUGCAACACGGGGCAAGUGCACAGCUGUUGCACCAGGAUACGGCUACCUUUCCGAAUCGGCUGCAUUCGCCAAAGCACUAGAAGACCAAAAGAUCAUCUUUGCUGGACCAUCCAGUCAUGUGCUUGACACUCUCGGAGACAAGAGGAAAGCAAAAGAAGUCGCUAGAGCUACAAAUGUUCCCAUCCUGCCAUCUGUCGCAGUCCAAAACGAAGCCGACAUUCAACACUUUGCGAUGGACGUUGGUUUCCCUAUCAUGAUCAAAGCUCAAGACGGUGGCGGCGGUCGUGGUAUCCGUAUCGUGCGGUCUGCAGACGAGGUAGCACCUCUCAUGCAAGAGGCGCUGAACGAAUCACCAGGGCGUCUCAUCUUCUGCGAAAAGGCAGCUCUUGAAGGGUACAAGCACAUUGAGAUUCAGAUUCUGGGUGACCGACAUGGAGAAGUGCGGCAUCUCUUCGAGCGUGAGUGUUCUUUGCAACGACGAUUCCAGAAAGUCAUCGAAUUUGCGCCUUCGUCCUUGUCGCCUGAACGCAUCGCACCACUCAUUGCCAGUAGUAUCGCCAUGGCGAAACAGGUUGGCUAUGUUGGCCUUGGCACGUUUGAGUUCUUGGUGAAUGCGAGACGAAGUGAUGGCUACUAUUUUAUGGAGUGCAACCCACGCAUUCAGGUCGAACACACCAUCACCGAACAAAUCGCAGGCGUCGACCUUGUAGCCCUGCUCCUCAAGGCUACAACGGAUUACAAGUUUAAAUUAGUAGAUGAGCCAUGGCCUGCUCGGCCGAGCGGCUAUUCCAUUCAAUGCCGCGUGAAUGCAGAAGACCCAACGACCUUUGAGGUGGCACAAGGCAUCAUUACCUCGCAUAUUAUGCCAGGCGGCGCAGGCAUUCGUGUCGAUACGCUCCUGCACAGUACAAAGACACACAAAGUCACUGAUACGUUUGAUAGCAUGAUUGCCAAACUUGUCACAACAGGACAGACUUACGAGCAAGCAAGGCAACGCGCCAUCUACGCAGUCAGGCAUCUUCAAGUGGAUGGCAUCGUCACGAAUCAGGCACUGUUGAUGGGAUUGCUACGGUCUGGCAUGAUGCGACGACCUUCUAUGCUUGAUAUUCGGUCAUUGAGUAUUCCUGGCAUGUUGGAGCGCUUGACAAGUGAUGGCAGUGUAUACCUCGUACAAUUCCGAGGGGCUGCCCAAAAGAGACUUGGGCAUGAUGGCAAGGUUGCCAAACCAACUCCACUGGCGCUUGCAGCUGACACAUCCACACUUUUCAGGAAAGGCGACGGGUACACCUUGACUGUGGCACAGGACAGAAAGAUUCUCAAGAUUGAGCGCAUCUUGAAGAGCAAUUUCCCCACGCAUCUAUCUGCAGAUGUUUCUCUGGACGGCGGCAAACCCCAAAAGAUGGUAUUGGAGAAAGCUUCUGGCAAUGCUGCGUUGGAGCGCGCAUCAGCUGACAAAAAUCAUGUUGCUUCGCCCUUCAAUGGUAUCCUCAUGGAGAUGGUCGCUGAAGAAGGAGAAGAAGUCGAAAAGGGCGACGUCCUAGCAGUGUUUCGACAGCAAAAGAUGGAGCUCGAAGUACGGGCACCACGCGCAGGUAUCAUCAAACGUGUGGCAAGCAUCAAAGUAGGCGAGCAAGUGGGUGCAGGGAGUCUUGUGUGCGUUAUGCAAGACGAGGCGAAACCGAAGCUGUAG